UGAAACCAAACUCAGUGGUGCAGGGACGUUUGACGAUGGCGAAGACUCCUGCCUGUGCUGUGGUGUUUCAGCUACUCGUGUUCCUCGUCUCCCAGCUGCCACACCUGGCACUCGCCGCCUCCAAGGACAUCGUGUGUGAACCCAUCACGGUGCCCAUGUGCAAAGGCAUCGGCUACAACCUCACCUACAUGCCCAACCAGUUCAAUCACGACACCCAGGAGGAGGUGGGAUUAGAAGUGCAUCAGUUCUGGCCUCUGGUUCGGAUACGCUGCUCCCCGGAUUUGCUGUUUUUUCUCUGUAGCAUGUACACCCCGAUCUGUCUCCCAGACUACAAAAAGCCUUUGCCGCCAUGCCGCUCCGUCUGUGAGAGGGCCAAGAAGGGCUGCUCACCUCUCAUGAUCCAGUAUGGAUUCGAGUGGCCCGAGCGUAUGAGCUGCGAGCAACUUCCCGUGCUUGGUGAGCCGGACCGGCUGUGCAUGGACCACAACAACAGUGAGACCACCACUCUGUCUCCGUCGUUCCCCAAACCUACCCCCAAGGGCCCGAACAGGCACCGAUCCACAGCCAAAUCGGGUGCGCCUCAGAAGUGCGACCAGGAGUGCCGCUGUCGAGAGCCUUUGGUCCCUAUUAAAAAAGAGACUCACCUGUUGUACAACCACGUGCACACGGGCUCGCUGCCUAACUGCGCUCUUCCUUGCCACCAGCCCUAUUUUUCCCAGGAUGAGCGGGCUUUUACAACCUUCUGGAUCGGUUUGUGGUCCGUCCUGUGCUUUAUCUCCACCCUCACCACUGUGGCUACGUUCCUAAUCGAUAUGGAGCGCUUCAAGUACCCUGAACGGCCCAUAAUUUUCCUGGCUGCCUGCUACCUCUUUGUGUCACUGGGCUACCUCGUGCGUCUGCUAGCGGGUCACGAACGGGUGGCGUGCGGUGGCUCUGGCGACCAGCAGCACGUCCUAUACGACACCACCGGCCCGGCUUUGUGCACGCUGGUCUUCCUCCUCAUCUACUUCUUCGGCAUGGCUAGCUCCAUCUGGUGGGUGGUGCUGUCGUUCACCUGGUUCUUGGCUGCAGGGAUGAAGUGGGGAAACGAAGCCAUCGCGGGCUACUCGCAGUACUUUCACCUGGCGGCGUGGCUGGUGCCCAGCGUUAAGUCGAUCGCCGUUUUGGCCCUCAGCUCUGUAGACGGAGACCCUGUUGCUGGAAUCUGCUAUGUGGGCAACCAGAGUCUGGAGAGUUUGCGAGGCUUCGUGCUAGCACCUUUGGUGGUCUACCUCUUCUCUGGGUCACUUUUCCUGCUGGCCGGGUUCGUGUCGCUAUUCCGCAUCCGCAGCGUUAUCAAGCAGGGUGGCACCAAGACGGACAAACUGGAAAAGCUGAUGAUUCGCAUCGGGCUGUUCACCGUGCUCUACACCGUGCCAGCCACCAUCGUGGUGGCGUGUUUAGUCUACGAGCAGCACUACCGGCCUGGCUGGGAGCAGGCGCUGGCCUGUACGUGUCCCUCGGAGCGCCAGCAGCUCGGUCUGGGCCCCGAAUAUGCAGUCUUCAUGCUUAAGUACUUUAUGUGCUUGGUAGUGGGCAUCACCUCCGGCGUGUGGAUCUGGUCAGGAAAGACAGUGGAGUCUUGGAGACGGUUUGCAGCGCGCUGCUUUCCGUGCAGGGCCAGAAAGCCGCCUGCCUCAGCUUCCUCUAUGUACAGCGAAGCUAGCACGGCACUUACCGCACGAGCCGGGUCAGCACCACCCGGAUCCUACCACAAAUCAGCUCCACCGUCGCACGUCUAAGCAAAUGGGGUCCAUCUGGAUUUUAAAUGAAGGAUAUUAACGGACUGCUCUCUUGCCUCUUAAGUGCUUGGGUUCUUAAAUACGAUCAAAUGGAAUUUAGACUUCUGAAAUUUGAAAAAAAGGAAGAAAAACUAUUAUGGAGUUAACUGGAGAAUGAACUCCUCCUGGCUCAAGUAAUGCUGGGAAAAAAAAGAAGAAAAAAAUCACAAGCGCUACAAGACACUCUGUCCUACUUAACAAUUCUUGUGGGCAUGUUAUUUAUUUGUGUAUGUAAAUAUUUGUUCUUUUUCGCAUUGUGUUCUACAGGGAAUGAACUGAGUGUGUGUGUGUGUGUGUGUGCGUGCGUUUGUGCUUUUUUAAUGGAAACCAGAGGUUGAAUAUUUUCACUAUAUCAAGACCUUGCUUAAAUUUAAAUGCCACAUCCAGUCUUCAAAUGUGUUUUGCUGGUAAAUAAGUGAAAUUGUUAAAAGAAUUCUAAACCGAUGGUGGAUGAUGUUGGGUCCGUUGUUGCGUACAGCGUUAAACAAGGAUCCUGAGCACUUGCAUGUGGGUAACACAGGAAAAAUUAAGUUUUAUAUCAGGUGGCUUCAUGAAAUUUUGUUCCUUUAGACAAAAACAAUUAAAUCCUGAAAAAGAAGUGGAACAGUGAAAUUCAGGCUAGAAAUCAUGAUGGAUUUGGUAUCGCUACUCUUGACACCCACCUAGUGGUCACUUCUGAUCAGCAUCAUGUUCAAAUCUUUUCGUUUAAGCGGGACCCUUACACCUCAUCACGGUUGUAUUUACAACUUUAAACCAGACGCGCAUCAGAUUACAGUUUACGUACUUCCAGUUAUGUUAUGCAAA